CCAAUUUGAUUUAAUGGAGAUAGACUGCUGCUCUGAGCGAAAUUAACAAGAAUCUAAUUUAAAUAGUGCAAAAAAGACGUUUCCGAUUAUAAUUAUAUCUUUGAGUAUAUGUUACAAGUGUGAAUGCGACUUGUUAAUCAAAAUAAUGUGUUCAAAAGUGUAGUAUUAGGAGAAUUUCUCCUAUUGUUUUGAUCUCGUUUGUGUCUCGUAUAUUGAUUUAUUGUAAGCUACUGACCUGUAUUUAAGUAUUAACGUAAGACUCGUAAAUAAUAGAACGCAAUGUGUUCAAUAUGAGUGCAUUUGACUAUCAUGCGUGUAGAAACACAACUAUUUAAUAAUGAGACCAACGAAAGAAGAUAGCAUUCCAGUAUUUUAAACAUAAGUUAAUUUUUCUAUCGUAAUGGUGUUAAAUUCACAAUGAUGACGCCUAUAGAGGAAAAGAAAGAUGAAAAAAUCCGCACCGGCAUGGUGCAAGUGUCGGACGGCAAGUCGCGGCCGAUGCCGGCGCGGCUGGUGCUCACGAUGGACGCGGUGACGGUGCAGCGCGAGGUCAUCGUGCCUGCACCCGCCAGGGAUAAGAGCGUGCCGCACGCUAGGGAGCGUAUGGUACAAAUAACCCGACAGAAAGUCGGUGGACUUGGCCUCAGUAUAAAAGGAGGAGCAGAGCACAAGCUUCCGAUCCUCAUCUCCAAAAUAUACAAGGACCAAGCGGCGGACCAGACGGGACAGCUGUUUGUUGGAGAUGCUGUAAUUAAAGUAAACGGGGAGUACAUAACAGCCUGCAAGCACGACGACGCCGUGAACAUCCUACGCAACGCUGGCGACAUCGUCGUGCUUACAGUCAAGCAUUAUCGUGCUGCCACGCCCUUCCUGCAGAAACAAGCGGACGGUGCGUCAGAUACGGACAGUAGUACGGGCGACGAGCACCCGUCUCUCCACAACAGAGUGGACGAUAACUGUAAUUCUGAAAAGACUGAAACUAAUGGCGGUUGGCAGAGCGCGUGGCGCGACUCGGUGGAGACGCGCGAGUCGCGCGAGUCGCGGCCGCCGUCCGUCGCGUCCGACCGGCUCGAGGGCACGCGCGAGUGGGUCGACGUCGUGUCCGUACCUCUGAUGAUGGGAUACGUGACACGCUACGUGCUCGGUACGGAUAAACUUAGGCCUGGAGCGUUUGAGGUGCGCGGCGCGCGCGCGCACGUGACCAGCGGGGUCAUCCACGUGGACGAGCCGGCCGCGCUCUCGCACUGGCUCAAGAGCAUCUCCGACAACAUCAUGGGGCUCACCAACCUGCAGAUGAAGCUGUUCAACCGGCACCUGCCGGCGGGCGAGCGCAUCGAGUACCUGGGCUGGGUGCAGGAGGGCGAGGUGUGCGGCGCGCAGCCCUGGCAGACCUACCGCCCCAAGUUCCUCGUGCUCAAGGGCACCGACGUCAUGCUCUUCGACACGCCGCCGAUGAACAUAACGGAGCUGGCCAAGUGCCCCGAGGUGCUGAAGGUGUACCAGACGAUGUUCCGCACGGUGAAGGAGAGCGAGACGGUGGACUGGCGCCAGCACUGCUUCCUGGUGCAGAGCUCGGCCGCCGGGCCCGCCGCCGCCGGCCCGCGCUACUUCAGCACCGACACGCGCCACGAGCUGCUGCGCGUCGAGGCCGCCUGGACCGCCAACAUCGUGCACUCGGUGCACCGCCUGGGGAAAAAAACCUUUACCGUGGUCCACAUGGGUCGUGCAGCUGGACUCACGCUAGAUUGGGCAAAUGGAUUCUCACUCAGUGAGGGUUCACCCGGCGCCCCGCCUGUUUGGGCUUAUAGAUUUUCGCAACUCCGAGGUUCAAGCGAUGACGGUAAAUCCAAACUGAAGUUACACUUCCAAGAUACAGAAACGAAAGUUAUUGAAACUAAGGAGCUCGAGUGCCAGAUACUGCAGAGUCUACUGUUCUGCAUGCACGCGUUCCUCACGGCCAAGGUAGCCUCCGUCGACCCGGCUUUCCUCGCCUCCAUACAACACUCGAAUUGAGAGGAACCUUGUACUUUAGGACGUCUGGUUUUUUUAUUUUAAAUGUUUGUAGCAAAAGACAUUGUUUUUUGUUUAUAUUUUGCUGAUGGUUCUAAUGUUUGUGGAGCGAAAUAAUGCUAAAAGACGACUUGAAUUAUUUUGUAGUCUGGACUGACGCAGCAUGAGGUAAUACAAUUCAUAGAACCUUCGGAAUGGAGUCAUUGAGUAAUAUACUCAAAUAAAAGAGAAAUAUACUCAAAAUAAAUAAUGACGAUAUGUCGCAGCUUAGCCAUCGAGCAACUACACCUAAGUGGUAUAUUAUGAAGUAUCGUAGACAAGAGAAAUGCCGAGUUAGAAGGUACCGAGUUCGAAUCCUGGCAAAAAUUAAUCAUAAUAAUAUAUAUGAAUAAUAAUUUAGUAUCUAUUAAGAGCCUUCUCAAUUAUUGUUAAGUACGAGUAUGCAGAUAGAGAGCGACAGUAAUAUGUGGUUGUCUCUUUCUUUUGUGUUGAAAAAAUUAAAUGGUGUUAUUAUUUAUACUGUUACAAAAGAUUUAAUUACAAAUAACCAAUGUCAUACUCAUCGUAAUACCACUUCUUAACCAACUU